AUGAUACCCUUAACGAAUACUACUAUUGCUCAGUAUAAUGCAGAUGCUGGCCUUUUAGCUGAGUUUGAACAAUCUGCUAUUUCUGGUAAGUCAUUUAACUAUUCAAGAUCAGUUCCUUCUGCUCCACAAACUGUACCUGACGAGCAAAUAGCUGCUUGUCUUUCGAGAAUUCAAAGGGGUGGUCUUGUUCAAUCUUUUGGUUGUAUGCUUGCUAUUGAAGAACCCAAUUUUAAAAUCAUUGGCUACAGUGAAAAUUGCUUUCAAUUGUUGGGUUUGCAUUUGAAUAAUGAAUUUGCGUCCAAACAAGAUAAGGGUUUGAUUGGGAUUGAUGGAAGAACUCUAUUUACACAUCCUUCAGCAGCUUCAUUGGAGAAAGCUGCUGCUUCUAGGGAGAUGUCCUUUUUAAACCCAAUUUUGGUUUAUGCCAGGAAUAAUCAAAAGGCAUUUUAUGCUAUACUGCAUAGGAUUGAUGUGGGAAUUGUGAUUGAUUUGGAACCUGCAAGUUCAGGUGAUCCUACUCUAUCUUCCGCUAGUGCUUUGCAGUCGCAUAAACUAGCUGUGCGAGCGAUUUCUAGGCUGCAGUCACUCUUCGGUGGAGAUAUUGGUGUGCUGUGUGAUACUGUUGUAGAGGAUGUUCAGAAACUUACUGGCUAUGACAGGGUGAUGGUUUAUAAGUUCCAUGAUGAUGAUCAUGGUGAAAUUGUGUCAGAAAUCAGGAGGUCAGAUUUAGAACCUUACUUGGGUUUGCAUUAUCCUGCUACAGACAUACCUCAAGUAGUUCGUUUUUUGUUCAAGCAAAAUCGUGUUAGAAUGAUAUGUGAUUGCCUUUCCAAUCCAGUUAGGAUCAUUCAAAGUGAGGAAUUGAAGAGGCCUCUUUCUCUGGUCAAUUCAACCCUUCGAGCACCCUAUGGAUGCCACACACAGUACAUGGUUAAUAUGGGGUCCAUUGCUUCAUUGGUUAUGGCAGUUGUCAUAAAUGAUAAUGAUUCGACAAAGCUCUGGGGGCUAGUGGUGUGCCACCACACUUCACCCCGCUACAUCCCUUUCCCGCUCAGAUAUGCAUGUGAAUUCCUCAUACAGGCUUUUGGGCUACACCUCUACAUGGAGCUUCAAUUGGCAGCACAAUUGGUGGAGAAGAAUAUUCUUAAGACGCAAACUUUAUUAUGCGACAUGUUUCUCAGGGAUGCUCCAUUGGGUAUUGUGACUCAAACUCCUAGCAUUAUGGAUAUUGUUAAGUGUGAUGGAGCAGCACUAUACUACAAAGGAAAAUGUUGGUUGCUGGGUGUAACUCCAACUGAAUCACAGGUAAAAGACAUAGUAGAUUGGCUGCUCGACAAUCAUGGAGAUUCUACUGGGCUGAGUACUGAGAGCUUGACAGCUGCUGGAUGCCCAGGUGCUGCUUUACUUGAUGAUGCUGUUUGUGGCAUGGCUGCUGCCAGAAUCACUUCAAAAGAUUUCUUGUUCUGGUUCAGGUCUCACACUGCCAAGGAAGUCAAGUGGGGUGGAGCCAAGCAAUCCUCGGAAGAUAAGGAUGGUGGUGGGGAAAUGCAUCCAAGAUCGUCAUUUAAAGCUUUUCUGGAGGUGGUUAAAAGCAGAAGUCUGGUUUGGGAGGUUUCAGAAAUUAAUGCAAUUCACUCUUUACAGCUCAUAAUGAGAAAUUCAUUUCCGAAUAUAGAGGACAGCAGCUCGAAGCCAUUGGUUUAUUCACAGCAGACUGAUACUGAGAUGCAGGGGAUAAAUGAACUCAGAUCAGUGGCAUGUGAAAUGGUUAGGCUGAUUGAGACAGCAACAGCACCAAUUUUUGGGGUCGAUUCAGCUGGUCUCAUCAACGGAUGGAAUGUCAAAAUUGCUGAAUUGACUGGAUUACAAGCCAGUGAAGCAAUGGGAAAGUCUCUGGUUCAAGAAAUUGUCCAUGAGGAUUCACGCGGAGCUAGUGAAAAUCUUUUACACAAAGCUUUGCAAGGUGAGGAAGACAAAAAUGUUGAGUUAAAGCUAAGGAAAUUUGGACUUCAUCAGCAAAACUCAGUUGUAUAUAUUGUGGCCAAUGCCUGCUCAAGUAGGAACUACACAAAUGAUAUCGUAGGGGUGGGCUUUGUUGGUCAAGACAUCACAUUUGAGAAAGUUGCCAUGGAUAAAUUUAUCCGGUUGCAAGGGGACUACAAGGCCAUCAUACAAAGUCCUAAUCCACUAAUUCCACCAAUAUUUGCUUCUGAUGGAAAUGCAUGCUGUUGUGAAUGGAAUGCUUCCAUGGAAAAGCUGACAGGCAGGACAAGGCAGGAGGUCAUAGGCAAAAUGCUACCUGGAGAAAUUUUUGGAGAUCUAUGUCAACUGAAAGGUCAAGAUAGUCUAACAAAGUUUAAGACUCUAUUGUAUCAAGGAAUUAGUGGUCAAGACACAAAGAAGUUUCCAUUUGGCUUUUUUGAUCAGAAAGGGAAACUUGUGGAAGGGUUCUUAGCAGCAAACAAAAGGACUGAUUCAGAUGGGAAUAUAAUUGGCUGUUUCUGCUUCUUGCAGAUUGUGGAACCUGACCUGCAUCAGGCCUUAGAAGGGCCUAGGCAAGAGGACAUGGAAAGAUCUCAGAAACUUAAAGAGUUGGCUUACCUACGACAACAAAUGAAAAAUCCCUUGAGUGGUGUUCGACAUACCCACAAACUCCUUGAGGCUAUAACGACAUCAGAAAAGCAGAAGCAAGUCCUCAAAACAAGUUAUGCAUGUGAAAGACAGAUCAUGACCAUAAUCAAUGAUAUGGAUUUAGGAAGGAUAGAGGAGGGGUAA